UCUUUCGCGUCCUGCCCACGAGCAGCUCCAGCCAAUCACACGAGCCCUCUUGUAUUGGCAAUGCAACCCGAUGACAUAAAUACCAUCGACAAGAGUGGAAAGGUAUGAUUCUAAUUCCUAACAGAGAACAAAAAUCAUAACCCGGCGACAUGGUUGUUUGGACCGACCAGGAGCGUGCCUGCAUCCAGGACAUUUUCAGCAAGCUGAAUUAUGAGGACGCUGGCCCCAAAGCUUUGCAGAGGGCCUUGAUUGUGUAUCCCUGGACUCAGCGGUACUUCGCAAGUUUUGGAAACCUUUACAAUGCAGAGGCCAUCAUGUCCAAUCCAAAGGUGGCAGCCCACGGGAUUGUUGUGCUCCACGGGCUUGACAGAGCCAUGAAAAACAUGGAUGAUAUCAAGAACACGUAUGCCGAACUGAGCGUGCUGCACUCCGAGAAACUCCACGUGGAUCCUGACAACUUCAGGCUGUUGGCCGACUGCCUGACCAUCGUGAUUGCGGCGACUAUGGGUUCCUCUUUCACAGCUGAUGUGCAGGCCGCCUGGCAGAAGUUCCUCGCUGUUGUGGUCUCUGCUCUGCGCAGACAGUAUCAUUAAAACCCCUAACAUGAAGGAAAGCUUUAUUUGUUCUCUAACACAAUAAAGAGAAUCGAUACACACCUGAGCCACGCGUUUAAACUGUUCAUUGUGCGAGUAUCAGGUAUCAUUAAACUGAAAACUCUGUCAUUCUGUCAAAGACUCCAGGGCUUUAUCACAAAAUUAUAAUUUCAAACAAACAAACCACAAGACAGAAGAAGUUCAAAGAAGUUUGGGGUAAUUAGAAUGCUUUAGUAAAGCUUGUCUACUGAAUUAGACUAGACUUGCUGUGGGAUGCCUAAAACGUCUCUGAAAUAUCAAAAGGGAUGAACUAAACACAAGCAAAUAGCACUGAGAUUUUCCAUUUAAAUGGUAACCUACAGUAUAUAAUGAAAAUGAAAUAAAUGAAAGUAAACGAGUAAUAAAUUAAUGUGCAUCAAUAUAAUAUUUAAUGCUUUAUUUGAAGUCUUCAUCAGAUAGGCUGAUCAAACAAUUUAUUGUUUCAGGACACAGCUGAUAUAGUUUGGCUGUUUCCAUUGCAAAUCCUCCUUUUAAUGUAAUUUUAUUUAACAAUAUUUUGUAUAGCCUAUGUCUGGUGGUAUAUAGGGAGAAGCAAUGAAUUGAGGCAAAACUUUAUAGAAAACAUGGUCGUAUUAAAAGGGGGUGUCUGCUUGGCUAAAGUGACUCUCAGAAAAAAAGGUAAAAGUUUCAGUUUCAAAAAGUAGUCUACACCUUUGUUCCUAUUUACUCCCAAAGAACGCCUAUAAAAGGAACUCUGUGACACAGCAAUAAUAUAAUUUAUUUAGGCUAGUGUUCCUUUAACUCAGAAAAUGUCAAACCAAAUAACAAAUGUAAGUAUAUGCGUGGCUGUCCGAGCAUGUUGUUUACAUGUUGACAAACUAUCUGUUAGUGUAACUUAUAAACAUAAUUUCAAAAUGUCAAAAUUACAUGUAUUUUUUCUGGUUUUGUAUUACUACGCUACGAGUCACCCAAGUCUCAAGUCAAGUCAAGUCUCAAGUCAAGUCAAGUCAUCACCCUGUCUUGCAGCUGUGAAAAAUAUAGUGUGUGUGUGUGUAUAUGUGUGUAUAGUGUAUAUGUGUGUAAAAUAUAGUUACAAUUCAACAUAUAUUGUACAGGGAGCUAUUGGGGGACAAUGAUGUCACACAGGCCCCCCAAAACAUACCUUAAUUGCAAAGUACAAGGGGAAGCAAUGUACAAGGGGCCCAGAAAACCUGGUAUGUUUAAAGCAUAAGACCUGGAAAGGCAAUUCAUGAAAUAAAGUUAUU